UCUAAUUCCUUCUCCGAUCCAACCAUUUUAGUACACAAAAUAUAAUGUGUCCAGCAAUGAAUAUGACUGUUGAAGAUACUGAGAGUAGAUAUCAAAAAGGAGUUAGGCAUUUAUGUGAAAAUGGGAUUACUAAAAUUCCAAGAAAAUAUAUAUUGCCAGUUUCAGAUAGACCAGUAAUUGUGAAUAAAGAAGAAAAAAUUGAUGAAAACCUCAACUUGCCCAUUAUUGAUUUUGCUCAAUUACUAGGACCCAACAGAUCCCAAGUUCUCAAAUCACUAGCCAAAGCUUGUGAAGAGUAUGGCUUUUUUCAGUUGGUAAAUCAUGGUAUACCUAGCAAAAUAAUAGAGCACAUAAUUGAAGUUGGUAAAAAGUUUUUUGAGCUCCCAUUUGAAGAAAGAGCAAAAUACAUGUCUACCGAUAUGCAAGCACCAGUACGUCUUGGCACAAGCUUUAACCAAAACAAAGAUGGAGUUUUCUGUUGGAGGGAUUUUCUCAAGCUUAGUUGCCAUUCUUUGUCAUCAAGUGAUCUCCUCUCACUUUGGCCCUCUUCUCCUGUACAUCUCAGGGAGGCAGCUGCAAAUUAUGCCAAGCAAACAAAGUUGUUGUACCAGUUGCUAAUAGGGGCAAUUCUUGAAAGCUUGGGAAUAUUGAAGGAAAAUAAUGAAAGUUUGAAAGAAUUUGAGGAUGGGAGCCAACUCUUAGUAUUGAAUUGCUACCCUUGUUGUCCAGAGCCAGAUUUAACACUUGGGAUGCCACCACAUUCUGACUAUGGCUUACUCACACUUCUCCUCCAAGAUGAAGUGAAAGGUUUACAAAUACAACAUCAAGAAAAAUGGUUAACUGUUGAGCCCAUUCUCAACUCCUUUGUUGUCAAUGUUGGGGACCAUCUUGAGAUAUUUAGCAAUGGGAGGUAUAAAAGUGUGUUACAUAGGGUUCUUGUAAAUUCUUCAAAAUCAAGAAUCUCAGUUGCUUCACUACACAGCCUGCCUUAUAGCUGCAAGAUUCAGCCCUCUCCAAAUCUCAUCAAUGAAUCCAAUCCCAAACUUUACAAGGAUACAGACUUUGCUACUUUUCUUGAAUACCUUUCCUCUUGUGAACACAAGAGCAAAAGUUUCUUGGAAUCUAGAAAAUUGACUAAUUAAAAUGGAACCAUGUUAUGCAUAAGAAGAUCACUGAAGGUUGUGAUGGAAUGGUAAACACCCCUCAUUCGUAAUCAGAAGUUUUCACGUUCAAGCAUUGGGAAUGAAGUUACCUUUUGACGGGAGUAUUUUACCCCUACAAUGGACUGACGCGAAUCUAGAUUAGUUGGGUCUCAAAAUGGAUACCAUACACUAAAUAAAAAAUAAUAAGUAGAAAAAUGUACUUUAGUAGGGGUAUUUGUAGCUAGUUAGUUAUUAUUUUUUCCUUGAUUUUUGAAUUUUGAUUAUUUAAAGUAAAAAGUUUGUGUAGCAGAGGUAGAAUCUGAAGAAAAUUAUGGCUAUAAAAGUUUUUGCCCUCUUAA